AUGCAGAGUGCCGACUCUCAGAAUCCCCCCAAGCGGUCCCGGCGCGACGGCAGCCCAAAAACGCCGCCAAACUCCCCUCCCGCAGACGCAGAGACGUCCCCGAGCCACGACCUGCACCCGGACCACCGAACCUGGGGCCCGAAGCAGGUGUGCUCCUUCCUAAGGCUCUGUGGCUUCAGCGAUUCGGAACUGCUGAAACGCUGCCGAGAGAAGAAAAUGACAGAUUCAUUACUGCCCUUUCUUGAUGAGUCACGUCCUGAAGAUCUUGAAAUAAGUUCCUGUGGGAAGAAAAUGAAGCUGCUUAAUUGUAUCCAACAUACAAUGAAGGUGAUUAAUGAUCCUAUCCAUGGCCACAUUGAAUUUCACCCUCUCCUCAUCCGAAUCAUCGACACACCUCAAUUUCAGCGCCUGCGAUACAUCAAGCAGUUGGGAGGCGGUUACUAUGUUUUUCCAGGAGCGUCACACAAUCGAUUUGAGCACAGUCUAGGUGUGGGAUAUCUAGCAGGACGUCUAGUUCGUGAACUGAGUGAAAAACAACCAGAGCUGCAGAUAAGUGAACGAGAUAUCCUCUGUGUUCAGAUCGCUGGUCUUUGUCAUGAUCUUGGUCAUGGGCCAUUUUCUCAUAUGUUUGAUGGAAGAUUUAUUCCACUUGCUCGACCAGGGAUGAAAUGGACGCAUGAACAGGGCUCAGUUAUGAUGUUUGAGCACCUCAUCAAUUCUAACGGGCUCCGAGAUGUCAUGAAACACUAUGGUCUCAUCCCUGAAGAAGAUAUUUUGUUUAUCAAGGAACAAAUUACAGGACCACCUGCAUCACCCAUCAAAGAUUCUUCAAAGUGGCUCUAUAAAGGGCGUCCUAAAGAAAAAAGCUUCCUUUAUGAGAUAGUGGCCAAUAAAAGAAAUGGCAUUGAUGUGGACAAAUGGGAUUAUUUUGCCAGGGACUGCCAUCAUCUUGGAAUCCAAAAUAGCUUUGAUUACAAGCGCUUUAUUAAGUUUGCCCGUGUCUGUGAAGUAGAUAAUAUGAAGCAUAUUUGUACUAGAGAAAAGGAGGUUGGAAACCUGUAUGACAUGUUCUAUACACGCAACUGUUUGCACCGCAGAGCUUAUCAACACAAAGUUGGCAACAUCAUUGAUACAAUGAUUACAGAUGCCUUCCUCAAAGCAGAUCCUUACAUAGAGAUAAUAGGUUCUGAAGGAAAAAAUUACCACAUUUCUACAGCAAUUGAUGACAUGGAAGCCUUCACUAAGCUGACAGAUAACAUUUUUCUGGAGAUCUUAUACUCCACUGAUCCCAGAUUGGAUGCUGCACGAACGAUUUUAAAGAAAAUUGAAUCCCGUAAUCUAUACAAGUUUGUGGGUGAGACUCAGCCCAUGAAACAACGAAUUCAAAAGGAAGACUACAAACACCUUCCGAAAGAGGUCGCCAGUGCUAAACCCAGUGAUGUACAGUUAGAAGCUGAACUGAAGGCUGAAGACUUGAUAGUGGAUGUUAUCAACAUGGAUUAUGGGAUGGAAGACAAGAAUCCUAUUGAUCAUGUUCGCUUCUAUUGUAAGAGUGACCUCAGCAAGGCAAUCAUGAUUACUAGAGACCAGGUUUCUCAGUUUUUGCCAGGGAGAUUUGCUGAGCAGCUGAUUCGAGUUUACUGUAAGAAGACAGAUGAAAAGACUCUGUUUGCUGCACGACAGCAUUUCGUCCAUUGGUGUUUAAUCAAUGACUUCACCAAGCCACAGGAUGGUGACGUUGUAGCCCCGCUUAUAACACCUCGGAAAUUGGAGUGGAAUACAGCUGGCAUCCAGGAAGGGUCCAAAGUCAAAACCCAGCUUUUCCCAGAUGACUCGAUGUGA